AUGGGUAGAAGCACCUAUAAAAGUGCUUCACCGUACGACAGUAGAAUAUGCCUUCAAGAAAGCAACUCGGAUGCAGCAAGUUCUCAAAGUGUCAAGGGAGAAGAAGAACUAUCACGAGUUUACCAAACGCUGUCUUUGCCAACUUUACCGAGAGAGGACAAUAAUUCUAAUAACAGCCCGACUGAAACAAAGAGUAAAUCUAAGUCAACAACUCCAGCUAGCCCAGGGAACUCUGAAAUGAAGCCGCAGUCUACUACGCCGACGUCUCAAGCUCUUACUAAGCCUCCCUAUUCCUACGUAGCUCUCAUCACGAUGGCAAUCCAAAACAGCCAAACGAAACGUGCAACGCUGAGUGAAAUAUACGCUUACAUCACCAAGGAAUUUCCAUUUUUUGAAAAGAAUAAAAAGGGCUGGCAAAAUUCGAUUCGGCAUAAUUUAAGUUUAAAUGAAUGCUUUAUAAAAGUUCCAAGAGAAGGUGGUGGUGAACGUAAGGGAAAUUAUUGGACUCUUGAUCCUCAAUGCGGAGAGAUGUUCGAAAAUGGUAACUUCAGACGCCGACGACGGAUGAAGAGGCCGUUUCGAGCCACCCCUUACUCCAAGACACUGUUUGGAGACGGGUACCCCGUGGCACACGUUGGUCAACACGUACCACCUCACAUGCAGCCUCUUCCACUUGGGGCUAGGAAUUACUUCGGAUCCGGUUCACCAUACCAUCCGCCUUCUUACCCGAGAUAUGAUACUACAUGGUUGACGCAGUCACCGAGCGGGCUAGGGUACGCGGGCGCGUGCGGAAGUAUGGGACGUAGUCCACCCGGGUGUUCGCCACACAGCGCGUUACCCCACCAGUCGUCGCCUGUCGCCGUCAAUCCCUUUGCGACGCAUCAAAUUCAAGGACAGCUCCAGAGCCCUUUGCAACCUAUGCAAUCGAUGUCCAUGAAUUCCUAUAAUGCCAUUGGAGUCAGUGCCAUAGAUGGUUCUCCGAGUCCAGGGCCAGGUUAUGCCCCAUCUGCUGGUGGCUUUUCACCCAACAGACAUCAUGACAUAGUUACGUCAUCUGAUGCAGCUGUUACUCGAUUUCCAUUCUGGCCUGAAGGUGGAUCUCCCAGUCCCAACCCAAGCUAUGUGCCAUCUAGCAGUUUUUCUCCGACGCGCCGACAUGAAGCAGUCACGUCAUCAGAUGCAACGAGUGCUCGUUUCUCUUUUUGGCCCGAUGGUAAAUAA